AUCACCUUCAUCAAAUAUUGAUAAUGCCCUAAUGAAUUUUCACGUGGCACCACUUCAAGACCACACAAUGACUUGGGGAUAAUUCAAGUCACACUCUUGCUAGUUCACAGAUUAAAUCUUAUUUUAUACUCAUUGCCAUUGAUCUUCUUUUGCAGUCACUGAUCUCAUUUUAGAGAGCGAAAUCCAAAGAAAUAAGGUAGGGCAUGAAAACGUAAGAACUCGACCUGUUGCAGCCUCUGAGUUAGACCGUUCGCCGUGAACAUACCAAGUAAAGAUUUCAGGUUUAUUUUUGCGUUCAGUACGAGAGAGGUCCACGAUUACUGCCAGGAGGUUUGGCAAGACUUUGUUAUCGAGAGUAAGCUUUCAACUAAAACCUAGAAACAGUAAUCAAGAAAAUAUACUUGUAUAGCGUCAAGUAAUUUUGUUUAAAGCCAUUGGAAUCUGAGAUUUUUCGCCGCUUUUGAUUGCAACGGGUUCCCCUUCUAUGAGAUUCUCUGGUCGACAACAUUUAUACGGUUAUUGAAAAAAAAACAACAGUUUCUUCAAUUAAAUAGACCUAUCUUCAUGAACCGACGACUGCCUUGCCUUUUCGAGAUACAUUUGGGUCUUUGUAACAAGAAAAGGACCACGAGGAAUUGAUGUUCAUAUCGUCUUUAAAAGAUCGUUUAAUAAAGGACGAAAUGUCUAAACCAAAUUCACCAGAAGAGGAACAUAUUGGGGAGAACGAAGUCUCGGGCUCCAAGCAGCCACAGGACAAAGAAGAGGAGAGUAAAAACCACGCCCAGUUCUCGGGGUCGGAGGAGCCUGUGGAGGCGGUGGAUAGCACGAAACACAUGCAGCUUGUCGUAACGUUGAAAUGGUUGUCUGGUAACUAUGAGCGUUCCGAUGGGGUUUGUGUGCCUCGCUGUGUACUCUAUACGCACUAUCUCGAUUUCUGUAAGAAACAUGACUUUUCACCUUCUAGUGCUGCAACCUUUGGAAAGGUUAUUCGGCAGAAAUUUCCCAAGCUUACUACCAGGCGUCUUGGUACUAGAGGUCAAUCAAAGUACCACUAUUAUGGAAUCAGCAUCAAAAGGACUUCUAUCUACUAUCAUUCAGUCUACUCGGGUCCUGGACUUACAAGAUUUUCGGAAAAGAAACCGAAGAUGGAGGGAUCAAACAAGAAGUUCUCUCUUAGCUCCAAGACAGGAACCCUACUCCCAGAGUACCCGGAUGCAAAAAACCUUGUUCUCCCUCCAGAAGUACCAUGCGAAAAGGUGGAGAUAUUCAUACUGAUGUACCGAACUCACUCGCAACGACUGCUAGAUGUAAUCGUUUCGAAUAACUUUGAUGAGGUUCAGAAUUUUCUUCUUCAUUUCUGGCAAGGCCUGCCUCCUCACCUCUCUUGUCUACUGACGUAUGACGUCAUCCUUGAUGUCAUAAUUCUGUGUGAUUCGGUUCUUUACAAGGUUCUUAACGACGUGCUGAUCCCUGCAGCCAUUCAAGAUAUUCCUGAAAGCCUCUCGAAUGAGAUAAGAUUAUUUGCGAGGAAGCUGCCGGUCUGGCUUGAGAUGUCUUUAGACCAGAUCCCAGCGGAAGUAAAGAGAAGAAAGUUGAAAGUGGUUCGAGUCUUCGUUCAGAGUCUUCGGCGCCAGAUGUCAUUCAUUCAUCUAGCUCAGACCGCUCGAUCUGUCUUGCUAAGUCAUGAAUCAAUCACAGAGAUGUUGAGAGAUCUGAAAGAGGUCACUUCACUGACAUCCUUCCAUCAAGCUGGAUUGACAGAAGAACUGAAGACGUCGUCUGUUGAAAUGCUAGCCGAAUUUGAAGCGUUGAUGAACAAGCAAGCACCCCUUGAAUCGUUUAUUGAAUGGAUCGACUGUGUUAUCGAUGACCGACUUCUCAAGGCCUUUGAUUCGGACAUCGACCCCGCCCAGUUCAACAGUCAGGCCUCGGAGUUCCUCAUGAACUGGUCUUUCAUCACGGGCAAGCUCAUGGCUGAAUUCACGAUGAGAUCUCUGAAAAGUUUUGGCAAGUUCCACCUGCUUAAUUUGAUGCUCCAAGAAUAUGCGCUGCUGACCAUUGAGACACAACACGACAAGGCUGUUCAUAUUGGGUAUCAGCGAAACGUCCAGCAGCACAUGAAGCAAACAGCCAUAAUCAGCACCAAGGCGAUGGUGAGGUCAACCAAUCGGAAGGCGGGGUCUGGUCACGCCCACAAGGCAAAGAAGAGACGACCUAGUACUGCGAACGGGCAAAAUGAUCCUGACCCUGAUCAACACAACAGCCAACAUUUUCACAGAUCUUCAGAUCAUAUUGAAUCAACCAGAAGGACCUCAACCUCCUCUCAAGACUCCAGAUGUCAACCUGGUGACAACCCUUCGUAUCUUUCUACCUACCCUCCUAACCCCGAGGUGACCACACCAAACAGCAGCUUUGUUCCUCUGUACCAGGGUAUACCAGGGCACUCCUAUUACAGCGACCCCAACGGUGAUCCAGAGACGUCCUACAAUAUCACCUACCCAAGACAACCUGGCGAUCCUUCUCCCAGCCAAUACGAACCCCAAGGAGUCUCCUUCCCAGUCGGUUCUUUCAAUUAUCCACAGACGACAUUCCCCAAUACCAUGCUACCUCCACACCUACCACUUUCUGCCUCUUGGAGCAGCUCGUCAAAUACAGCUGGCUAUGGUGUCUAUACCGACUUGCCUGGCUCGUCAGCUCCGGCCCACUAUGGAAACAUGACGCAUUUUAUAUCACCUGAGCAGUCACGUGAUUAUCGGAAUUUCAACUUUCCUGGGGUCCAGCCUCCGUUAGAUGAUAGAGGAAGGAUAUACGGCUCGUCUGGAAUGGUUCCUAAUAGGGUGGAACCUGUCGAGGGUCUGUCAAGGAGUCUACCGUUCCCUGGUGAAUACCUGCCCAUGUACCAUCACUGAUCACCUGAUUAGUCACAUGAUUAUCGAAAUAUCAACCUUUCCAGGGUUCCAGCUACCGUUAGAUGAUAGAGGAAGGAGAUAAGGUUCGUCCGGGAUGGUUCCUAACAGGGUUGAUCCUGACGAGCGCCUGUCCAGGAGUCUUUUGUUUAUGUUUUGUUUAU